AUGGAGUUCUUCCACGGAAUAGCGAUUGUCAUGGAUGUUUGUCGAAUUAUCUUUUUCGUUCGGUGUAUUUUGUGUUAUUCCAGAAUGGGCUCAUCGAUGCUCUUCAACGCAUAAACCCGAAUCUCUACGGAGUUCUCUGGGUCCCUGGAUUGAACUCUAAUGUUUUACUUGCAUCGCUUGUGAGUUUUUCGGAAAUUUGGCUUUUUUCCCAACUAACGAAAUUCAGGUUCGCUUACAACGAAUUUUUUCGGAAGCGUUUAGAAACAUUUUGGCAAGCCACAAUGCAACGAACCCUCAAACCUACGAAGAAGCUCUCGCAGUCAGUUUCAUCAGAAUUCUGAAAUACUUUAAAAACAUUUCCAAUUUUGUGACAAAUUUCGACAGAGCUUCAAAAAAAAACAUUUUUUCAUAAACAGAUCUUCUCAAAUUUAUAGUGCUUUUUCAAGAUCGACCCCAUCCUGGGUAAAAUUUGGCGUUUCUACAAUAUGGUCCAACAGCUCGACAUUGCGGGCGAAAGGGCAGUUGUCGAGUGGACCCGUAGACAUCCAGCUUUCCAGUGA